AUGGUACAACAAUUUAGACAAUGGAAACGUUCAAUUCAAUUAGAGAUUGUUGUCUCUUUUCUUUUGGUUGGUUGGAAGAUCGUUUGGUUUGUUGUCAUGGGUGUGACUGAUCCAAAGUCUUACAUUCUCCUCUAUUCUGGUGCAACGCUUUUCCAAUGGGUUUACGCAUGUCUAUUGGUAUUAUUGGAAUCGAAAAAGGGUGUCUCUAGAUCUUGGAAGUUAAGAUUGUUUUGGGUUAUUGCUUUUAUUACUGCUACCAUUAAAUUACGUACUCUUACUCUUGGUAUUUUCCAUCAAACCGAAACAAUAGUUUCAAUACUUGAAUAUUUAUCAUUUAUUGGAGGAUAUAUAUUAAUUUUAAUAUUAUCAAUUACGGCUGUAUUAUUCUUUGACAAUGAUAUGUCUUAUGAAAAGAUGAAAGAUAGAGUUCAAGGAGAGGUAGAUGCCAACUUGUUCUCACGUAUUACUUUUUGGUGGAUCAACGAUGUCUUGCGAAAGGGUUACAAGAACCCACUCGAUAUGUCUGAUGUGCCAAGUCUCACCGAAUUGGAUUGGGCAAAGAAUUUGUCUGAAAAGUUUGAAGCUGCUUGGGAUCAUCAAUUGACCCUACCCAAACCAUCACUCGUUCGUGCACUAUCCAAAGCAUUUGGUCCACAUUUCUAUGUAUCUGCUAUAUUCAAGGCCAUUCAAGAUGCACUCUUGUUUGUAGGUCCAAUCCUUCUCGGAAACAUUAUUACAUUUGUCACUACUCGUAAUGUAUCGACCUAUGACGGUAUGCUCUAUGUACUCUUUUACUUUCUUGCACCAAUCGUCCAAUCUCUGACAUUGCACCAAUAUUUCCAUCGUUGUUUCCGUGUUGGUAUGUGGCUUCGUUCUGCCGUCGUCACUAGUGUCUAUCGUAAAGCUCUUCGUACUUCGUUGCGUGAAGGUACCACUGUCGGUGAGAUUGUCAAUCUCAUGUCGGUCGAUGCUCAAAAGUUUAUGGAUCUCUGUCCCUACCUACACAUGAUUUGGAGUGCUCCCGCUCAAAUUGCCGUUGCACUUAUCCUUCUCUAUCGUCAAUUGGGACCACCAGUAUUUGCAGGUCUCGCAGUCAUGCUUAUCAUGAUUCCAAUCAAUCUCUACAUUAGUAACCUCGCCAAGAAGCGUACAACAGUCUCUAUGCGUCUCAAGGAUCGUCGUACCAAAGCUGUCAACGAAGUAUUGAAUGGCAUCAAAGUAAUUAAAUUGUACAGUUGGGAGCAAAGUUUUAUGGAUCACGUCAAAUCGAUUCGUGACGAAGAACUAUCAGUCAUGAAGAUUAUCAAGUAUAUCCAAGGUAUCUCACUUUUACUUUGGUCCAUGUCCCCCAUUUUCGUUAGUGUCUUUACCUUUACAGUCUAUGUUUUAAUGGGUGGUAAGUUGACAGCUGCCAUUGCAUUCCCAUGUCUCUCUCUAUUCAAUGUUAUGCAAUUCCCAAUCAAUAUGCUUCCCAAUGUCGUUUCGAGUUUGAUCGAAGCUUCAGUCUCUGUCAAUCGUCUUCAAAACUUCCUUUUGCGUUCUGAACUCAAUCCAAAUGUUGUUAGUCAUACCAUCACCGAGCCAAACGUAGCCAUCAAGAUUGAAGGUGCCACCAUGGAAUGGGAGUCUGGCAAGGAAACACUCAAAAAUAUUAAUUUGACAGUCAAUCAAGGUGAGUUGAUUGCUAUUGUCGGUCAAGUCGGUUCAGGUAAAUCAAGUCUUGUCUCUUCUCUUGUUGGUGAUUUAUCAAACCCUGCUGGUUCAAUUGCUGUCAAAGGUUCCAUUUCUUUGGUCACUCAACAAGCUUGGAUUCAAAAUGCUACCCUAAAAGAUAAUGUAUUAUUUGCAAGUUUAUUAAAUGAAGAUCGUUAUCAAAAAGUUAUUGAUGCUUGUGCUUUAAUUCCUGAUAUUGCUAUUUUACCUGGAGGAGAUCAAACUGAAAUUGGAGAAAAAGGUAUUAAUUUAUCAGGAGGACAAAAACAACGUGUUUCUAUAGCACGUGCAGUUUACAAUGACUCUGAUAUUUAUUUAUUUGAUGAUCCAUUGUCUGCUGUUGAUGCUCAUGUUGGUCGUUCGAUUUUCCAAAAUGUUAUUGGUCAUUCUGGUUUGUUGGUUGGAAAGACUAGAGUAUUGGUCACUCAUGGUGUACAUUAUCUACCAUUUGUAGAUCGUGUCGUCAUGAUGAAGGAAGGUAGAAUCGUUGAAGAAGGAGCAUAUGACGAUUUGCUCAAUGCCGAUGGUCCCUUUUCAAGUUUAAUGAAACAUCACAAUGAAUCAUCUAGUCCAGAUUCCCUAAAGGAUGAAGAAGAAGUAACAAACAAAUUAAGAGAAUCACUUGACAAGAGUGCUAAUAGAUCUGAAAAGCUUUCAAGUAGUACCUCCAACUCUCAAGCUAUCCUCUCACCUCCACAAAAAAAUGUACAAGAUGAACAAUUAGAGGAAGAAGAUGAAGAAGAAUCAUUGAUUCCAAAGCAACAACAAGAGGAGGAGGAAGAUUUGGAAGAUGUUCAUCUUGAAAAGAAUCAUAAUGAAGAGGAAGAUGGUAUUGAAAUGUCACCAACUCAACGUCUUGUCAAUAAUGCAGUCGUUACACCAACUCCAUCGUCUACUACACCUACCACAGCUGCUUUAGCUGAUGAUAAACUUAAAAGUGAUAACAAAAUCAUUCAAGUCGAAUCUAGACAAGAAGGUAAAGUCUCUUUCAAGGUUUAUCUAUCCUACUUUAAGGCUUUGGGAGGUCUUUUAUCUGGAUCUAUUAUGGGUUUCUAUGUAGCUACUCAAGCACUCUCUAUUAUGGCCAAUUGGUGGUUGUCUGUAUGGUCUGAUCAGUCUAAUGCUGACAAUGCCCGUUAUUAUCUUUCCAUCUAUGUUGCCUUUUCAAUGGGUGCUGUCGCUCUUACAUUCUUUAAAUCCUUUGGUAUGGUCUUUGGUUCGAUCAGAGGUAGCAAGUUGUUCCAUGAAAAGAUGUUUAUGGCUGUCAUUCGUUCGCCAAUGUCAUUCUUUGAUACCACUCCAAUCGGUCGUAUCUUGAAUCGUUUCUCCAAGGAUCAAUUUACCAUUGAUGAAGUCAUCUCUCGUACCUUUGGUAUGUUCCUCAACACAUUCUGUCAAGUAUUUGGUUCCAUCAUAGUUAUUGGUAUAGUGUCACCAUUUAUCAUUUUGGCCAUGAUUCCAAUCGCUGCACUCUUUUUCUACAUUCAAAAGUACUAUCUCAAUAGUAGUCGUGAGUUGACCAGACUCGAAGGUAUUUCACGUUCACCAAUCUAUGCUCACUUUUCAGAGACUUUGGCUGGUGUCACCACGAUUCGUGCCUUCCAAGAGGGUUCUAGAUUCAUUAAACAAAAUGAAAAACUAUUGGACGACAAUCAAAAAUGCUAUUACAUCAACAUCUCUGCCAAUCGUUGGUUGGCUCUUCGUCUUGAAUUCCUUGGUGCUUGUAUUGUCACGUCGACUGUCAUGUACACUGUUCUUGCCAGUCACCAUAUUGCUCCAGGUACCGCCGGUCUUGUCAUCACCUAUGCCUUGGCCAUUACAAGCAACAUGAAUUGGAUGGUUAGAAUGUCGUGUGAUCUCGAAAACUCUGUCGUCUCUGUCGAACGUAUCCAAGAGUAUUGUCAAUUGCCAUCAGAAGCUGCUCUCAAGAAUGACUAUCGUCUUGGUCGUUCAUGGCCAGACCACGGAACCAUUGUUUUCAAGGAUCUCUGGUUGGCCUAUCGUGAAGGUUUGGAACCAGUUCUUCGUGGCAUCAACUGUACCAUCGAAGCUCGUCACAAGAUUGGUAUCGUCGGUAGAACAGGUGCAGGUAAGAGCAGUCUUACUCAAGCACUCUUCCGUCUCGUCGAACCACUCAAAGGAACCAUCGAAAUUGAUGGAGUUGACAUUACCGAGUUGGGUCUCCAUGAUCUCCGUAGUCGUGUAGCCAUCGUACCCCAAGAUCCGGUCAUUUUCGCCGGUACCAUUCGUAGCAAUCUCGAUCCAUUCACCAACUUUAACGAUCAACAACUAUGGGAAGCUCUCGAGAGAACCCAUCUCAAAAAGGCUAUUCAAGAUCUCGAUGGAGGUCUCGAUACAAAGGUACAAGAGAAUGGUGAAAAUUUCUCUGUCGGACAACGUCAAUUGCUUUGUAUGGGCCGUGCACUCCUCAAAAAAGCCAAGAUCAUCGUUAUGGAUGAAGCUACAGCUGCCAUUGAUAUUGAAACCGAUGCACUCAUCCAACAAACCAUCCGUUCGGAAUUUGCCGAAUGUACAGUCCUCACCAUUGCUCAUAGAAUCAACACUAUCAUUGAUAGUGACAAGGUUAUGGUUUUGGACAAGGGUGAAUUGGUUGAAUAUGACUCUCCUCAAGUUUUAACAAACAAUCAUGAAAGUAUCUUUUAUUCUUUGGUUGAAAAAUCUGGUCAUUAA